GGCGGGGCCGGGGGAGGGGCGGCGGCUGAGAGCCAGUCCCGGCUUGGCCUCCGCCGGCCGCAGCUGGCCAUGGAGGUCUACAUCCCGUCCUUUCGCUACGAGGAGAGCGACCUGGAGCGGGGAUACACGGUGUUUAAGAUAGAAGUGCUAAUGAAUGGAAGAAAACAUUUUGUUGAGAAAAGGUACAGCGAAUUUCACGCUUUGCACAAAAAGCUUAAGAAAUGUAUCAAAACUCCAGAAAUCCCUUCUAAACAUGUGAGAAACUGGGUCCCAAAAGUGUUGGAACAACGACGACAGGGUCUGGAAACAUAUUUGCAGGCUGUCAUUUUAGAAAAUGAAGAACUUCCCAAACUGUUCCUUGAUUUCCUAAACAUACGGCACUUGCCAUCUCUACCAAAGGCAGAGAGUUGUGGAUCUUUUGACGAGACAGAAUCUGAAGAGUCAAGCAAACUGUCCCACCAGCCGGUGCUGCUGUUCCUCAGGGAUCCAUACGUCUUGCCUGCAGCCAGCGAUUUUCCAAACGUGGUUAUUGACGGAGUUCUCCAUGGGAUAUUCUACCCUCACCUACAGCCCAGGUAGAAAGCCUGCCUGGCCAGAAGCUGAAACCACUUCCGAGGCUGUAGUCAAGGAAAUCAAUAUCGACCAAAUUAACCUAAACGCGAUGACGUAACAGCUCAAGCUAGUGGUAACAUCCAGUCCCAGCUUAAUUCAGGGCAGGGACAUUUCCAUUAGAAUGGUGCUUCUAAAAAUAGAAACUGAACCAGGAUGAGCUGAGGUUAAGGCUAAAGGUUUAAGAAGUAGGGUGUAGCUGCCAAUUUAAAAGCCCGAGAAAAUGAGGCUGUAGAAGAUCCCCAGGAGCACCGGGUGCGAUAAAGCAAAGUGACUCUCCGCUUCACCGGCAGCAAUCGCUGAUUGAAAAUCUCAUCCUGCAUUGUACUGAGACUGAUCCCCUCUGGCAGCUUUUGUGUUCAGGUGUUGUGACACUAAUCUUUUCGUUAUGCGAUUGUUCUCGGCCAGUGAUAGAUACAUUCCAAAGUGCCAGGUCCAGGAGAGUAGCCCAGAAACACACUGCUAACUGUGAGGAAGGAACUACUGUCGUUUGCUGUGUCAAAUGCACAGUUUCUUGCCCAAGUUUUUGAGGGAGAAAUAAGGGUGUGCAUUAUACAUGAUGUAAUGAUUACAUAGUCCCAUGAAUAAUGCCUAUAAAACGUGGAUGUGCAUCAUACACGGCAACAUAUGGGAAACCAGAAAUUAAGUGAUGCUGGCAAUAGUGGGGCACUUUUUGAAUCAUGGCAUUUUAAAUGCGCACCUCAGUGGAGUCGUGUCCUACCCAGAGCUUAGCUUCUAAUGUCAGCACGUUAGAUACAUUGGGGUACCAAGGUUAUCCUGGAAAGCCCUUUAGAGAUGUGACAUGUUGCAAGUCUGUCCAUCUACCACGACCAGUUUUGCCCCCAGUGUUGGAAGAAAUGACUGCGUCUUUUGUUGAAGAACAAUUGCAGUUGUUGGUGAUUGUUUAGGGGUUAUUUUGUGUAAAAACCACCUGUCUUCAAAUGCUAGAAUCACACUCAUACCUGGAAGAUGCUUGCCCUCUAAGAGACUGUGUGAACUGACAGAGACUGCGGGAACACUACGGGUGGCAGUGCCCAGCUCGGGCUGCUCAAGGGUGUCCCUCUGUUGAACAGGUGGGAUUGUCAUGGGAUUUACUGUUACUUUCCCGACCAUUUCCUCUUCACUGACCUCAUAUCUCGAAUCAGUAUAAAUUGAAUGUGUUUAUGAUAUGACUCCACUGUACAUCUUAUGUUCAUUUUUGAGUAGUAAAGAAUAUAAGCCUAUAUCAACCUGUAUGUAUGUGCUGUAUUUAGACAUUUCAUUGAAAACUAAUUAAUUAAUAGCUAGACUAUUUAUGAUUAUUCACUUUAAUGAGCUUCUGUGUGGGAGAAGCAUAUUUAGAGUCAAAGGUAAUUACUGAGUCAUCUUACUUGAUUAGGAUAUAAAUACACAAGUUUAAAGCCUGCUGUAAACUUUUAGAGAUAUAUUUAUUAUGGUAGAUAUGUUACUACAUGUUGGAAAGAAGCAAGAACUUAAAAAUCAAGUGUCAUCCACCAAAAAUAACUGAGUAGUCAGGGUUGGAAAUAUUUUUUUAUGUUUUUGUUAUUAGCUAUUUUGAGUUAAAUAAAAACAAAGAAUAAGAAAUAUU